GAAACUGGAGUAUUAAGUAAUAGCAAGUCCAAGAAGGAACUAUCGAUUCUGACGCGACCAUUGACCAAGCUGAGCUCGUCCUUAGCUGAAAUCCUGUAUACAGCCAAGGAAACGAUUCAUUAUUCUUUUGGUAAGCCUGACAUACGGUUAAAAGAAGCGAUUUAUUGUUAGCGCGCAUGCAGCACGAGUGUUUGUACAUAUUAUUUAGGCUGAACGGAUUGAGGUGAAGGUAAAUUUGGGCCGAAUGGUCCCUACGAAAAACAAAAAAUAAUCUUCUGGGAUAUAAUCACGAAUUAUUUCAGUCGAUUUAAUAGCUGACAGGGGAAACGCGGCAGUUGCAACUCAGAAUGGCAAAUGAACUAAUGCAGAUCUUCUUGCCUCAUGCUAAUGAAUUUUGGUUGAUUCUUUUAUGCUAAUUUGAGUUCGGGUUAACGUAACAUUAUGGCCACUCUAAUUCAUGUUCUUUCUCUAAGCCAUAACUAAAAUAUAAUGAAAAAGAAACCAUAGAAUUCCAACUGAUUUUAUUCAACACCAGAUGGCAAAUCACACAGUGAAAAACUGAAUAGUGAUUUUUUACGUAAAGAAUUUCGCUUCCAGUCAGUUACUGACGAAAAUUGCCUUUUCAGUUCCGUGACGUCACAGCAAAACUGAGUUCGAUCCUUCAAUGGCAGCUGUUAGCCGUGUAACGUCAAAUGCGAAAAUUUGUUCUUAGGAUUACAACAAAUCAAAUAUAAUAUUUUUGUUAUCACCAACAAAAUGAUAGCGAAGUGGCAUUCGCUACGGUCAACAUGUCAAAUGUAAUAAAAUCAAAAUAAAAUCUUGUUAUCAGGUCGAUGAAAUUUUUCAGUUUUUCUUUUUCACGCUCAUUCGCCGUGAGAAUCUUUUCCAAAUAAGUCGGUUACAUUACGUCAGACAGCGUUAUGCCGGUGUAUCUAGCGGAAUUAAUUUCAUGUUUUCUGGUUAAAACUGUUUGUAAUUCCGGCAAAGCUUUCGACAUUUAAGAUAACGAGGGAAGCGUUGUGGAACAUUUUAGAGUAACCAUUCUUUUUUGGUAGCCACGAGUGAAAUAUUAAACCUCAGAAACGGGAAACAAAUAAAACAUAUAGGCAUUAUAUGUAAACCACUGUAGACAUCAGUAGCGAAAUUGAAAAUACUGAAAAAUGGUCUAUUCCCGAUCAAAGUCAGCUGGCACUUGUUUGUUUCCGAAAGCCAUUUUUUACGGGACAUUUAAAGGCUCCAGGUUUUAGAAAUAUUAGAUUUUGGAAAAAUCAACAAGUAGAGCUUUCUCUCACUUUAAAUUUUCGGCAUUUAUUUAUUCAUCUGAUUUUGAUAAUCUAAUUCUGGAAAUUGAAACAAUCACUGAAUAUUCUUGGCGCCUCAAGAUAGUGGUGCUAACAAAAAGAAUUUAUUUAUUGCAUAACAACUUAAUUGGAAUAUCUUUAAUGCCUCUUACGCUCACAUUUGUAGCGCGCGCGGUAGAGGUUUAAUUAAUUUCUUUGCCCGAGUCCUUUCCACCUUCCAUCUUGGUUCCUUCAAUUCUCCGAGGUUAAAUCGAUGGUUUUGGAAGUUUUCGUGUUCGCAGUAAUAGGUUUUGCCAAGGGCCAUAAUGGGACUCUUGGUGUUGCCUUCUAAAAAAAUUGAAAUAUUAAGACUGAGUAAAACAAAAGAUACGGUGUACUGCUGCAAGUUGUAAUAAUCAUCGCACUUUGUAAUACCUGUCGCAGUUUGCAAUAAACCGUAUCGCACUUUGGAAUAAAACUAAACGCUGUCGCAAUUUGUAAUAACUAGCCAUCGCACUUUGUAAUAAACUAAGAUGUCGCAAUUUGUACUCAUUCCAUCGCACCCUGUAAUAAUAUUUUGAGAGUUAUUAAACUUACUUCCUUAAUGCAAUGCCAAAAUACGCAUGGUACUUCAUAAACAAAGAUGAUGACGUCUGCUAGCACGUACGUAACAUCUCCGCUCAUUCAAACCAUUGAACUUUAUUCACAGUCCUAAACAUUUUUUUCAGAAUUAAUGUUGAUUAGUUAUCUGACUUACGAAAUGCUGUAUUCUUAAACCUUGCUGUUGUACCAGGUGGUUUGCAUUCAAUGGUUACCCGGCGGGUGUACUUCCUUAUAUGGCCAAAACGGGUACGUGCCUCUGGACAGAGCAUUGUCAGAGUACAGGAUCUAGAGACACUAGACACAAACGAGCCAUUGUUAAAAAGCAUUUAAUUUUCGCAAAUCGUAACAUCCAUCCUACAUCAUUCGAAUAAGGACACCAGGAAAGUUCAAGCUUUCCUUGUUAGAUCUUAUAACAGGUCGACACAACACGUGGUGCACCGUCCUUGUCUAACGCGCAAUCUUAAAGAAGUAAUAGUGGCUUCCAUAUUUUGGCCAAGUUAAUCAAACGAGGCCUGGAAAGAUUCAAACUGUUCACUGCAAAUGAACAAAAACCGUCACCAGUGGCAAACCGUCGAAGCACAACAGAAACAUAACCACAAAAUCCAAUUAGUCGCUAGCCAAUACUUUGGUAUGUAUCUGUUUUUAUAAAACUCACUUGGGGUCUUACACUGAGCCGGUUGGCCGUUUGGUCCAUUAUUCUCACUUGAUUUGGUCCCAUAUCAAGGAACAAAAGGAGUGCUCAUUCCAUCUUAAAACAAUUUUUUCUAUUUGGAGUCCUCUAAAGCAAAUACCGUGGGGAUGGUAAAAAUUCUUCUUCCCUGCGUAUAUACAAUAUGUAAGACCUUGCAAUUCUUCCGAGCGUGUUCAGGAUUACUUUUUUUCCCCACAAAAUGAAAAGGAUGGAAUAAACCAUCUAUUACUACUUGAGUUACCCUAUCUAAGGUUCAAACCAAAGACGCAAGGACAACAAGGUAAAAAAUGAUGCCCUAUUAAAGGCUCGAGAUCCUCAAAAACCAUAACCUAUCAGGUGGUACUUACCUAUCUACCCCCCACGAAGACUUCACGUGUCACGUGGCAUGCAGACAUGGAUUUAGACGACGAAUGCCAGGUUAUUCAUGAAUUUUCUGUUGUUAAAUGUUGCUUUUGUUAUUUAAAUAUAUUUGAAUUCAAACAUGAUUCAUAUCUUUUUGGUGGUGUAGCAGGAAGUUUCAUGUCUUUCAUAAAAGCGAUUCUAGUUGGUCACGUGAUUAAUCAAGGCAAAAAAUAGCGGAAGAUAUGCAUGUUUGACCAAAGAAAAUGUUACGGAGAUGUUACGUGCUAGCAGACCUCAUUAUAUUUGUUUAUAAAGUACCAUGCAUAUUUUUGCAUUGUAUUAAUGUUGACGAAGUAAGUUGAAUAACUCUCAAAAACGUUUUACAAAGUGCGAUGGAAUUAUUACAAGUGUGACAGCUCAGUUUAUUACAAAGUGCGAUGGACAGUUAUUACAAAUUGCGACAGCUUUUUUAUUACAAAGCGCGAUACGGUUUAUUAAAAAUUGCGACAGGUAUUACAAAGUGCGAUGGAUUUAUUACGAAUGCGACAGGUAUUACAAAGUGCGAUGAUUAUUACAAAUUGCGACAGUACAUACGGUAAUACUAAAUGAUAAUAAACAUUGCUAAUCUGACGGCUGGGCAUAUGUUUUGAUUAAAAAAAGCCAUCAUAUUCAAAAUGUUUAAUCUGAUUACUAUACUCAUUUUUAAACAUUUUAAAUCAUCUUCAUUUAAGGUAACUUCAAGCGAAAAGUUAACCAUAUUCAAAAGAAUCACUUUGGCGCAGUUUCGAUUUCGAGAACAUCCACCCCUCUUUAAAAACGUAUUAGUUGGAUCACUUAAGAUCUUACGAAUCUGGAAGGGAAUCGGUUUAUUACGACAACUACAUAAACUGAUAUGUCAAUUAACGAAGACAUUACCGCAUCAAUUAGUUUAAAGAUAACCAACCCUUUUUCAUUGAUGCUCGAUCACUCAUUUUUCAAGACCAGAUAAAAAUGAAGCCGAUUUGAAAUCAUCGAAUUAGCGAGGCAAUAAUUGCGCUGUUGAUUAACUUCUAGGUAAACGACUUUCAUAUACUUUUCAUUUUGUUCCGUUUCAUGUACCAAGGCCCUUUUGCACUCAUGGACGCGAAUGUUUGUCCACUCAGAGAAAACUGGUGUCCACCUAUCCCGCGAGCGAGUCCCCCAUAAGGGCGGGGGAGCCGCAAGGAAGUCACGUGUUCUUUUGCGGGUCUCUCUUCGCUCGCCACAAGGAAUGGAGAGCUUACUCGCUGGCUAAUUUCGGCCUUGUAGAAAGCACUUCAUAAAAUAAGGUGGAAAAGACCGCUUUUCCUUAUACCUUUUCAUUACACAUGGUCUUUCGUCAGGUAUCGCUUGAUUUUGCUUUUUGUAAAAAGUGAAUACAACUUUUGGUCUAGAUAUUGGUUAAAGUUGUGCAAAGGAACCUUAAUGUAGACGUCAUGCAAAGACUCGUUAUCAGCUGCAUGCUUUGAUUUCUUUGUUUUUUUAAAAAAACGUUUUCCCAUGUUAUACGCGAAUAAAGGCUGAACAAAGGCACCUUUCUUCCGGAACAUGAGAAUCAAAGACAGACUGAGGAACAUGAGAGAACUUUCAGAUGUCUGUUUAGAGAGAGUAAAAGGCGAGGGAAAUUAUCAGAAUUUUACAAAAUGCAGUGAAAUUAUUUCCUUAUUUCAGGAGUUUAUUUACCAUUUGAUUACACCUACAUAUAAUAUAUUACUGCAAAAAAAUUGUCUCUUAAUGAGCUAUAGCGUCAACCAUGUUGUGUGUAAGUCCGUUCAUUUUUUCGUCCUUACCAAGUCAAAUAGAUCAAUGAUGGAGGAACCUAGAGUUUGCUUUUGACAGUUGGUUAGCCCUGAGAGCUUUUAAGGGGUCAAUGUGGCUGAUUAUCUCAAAAAAAAGAUGGUUGGCCUGUACAGGCUUUUUGCUCGCAGACCGGGCACCCCGAAAACAGAAGGGUAACAUGCAAUUUAUUGCCCUUAGGGAUCAGCAAAAACUUGCCCCCAAUGUCUCAGUCCUUACAGAUGCCCGGAAGGGCAUCAAUGCAUCCGUGGGUCAAAAUCGAAGUUGUAAACAGAGAAGAAACUAAACUAAACCAACUUCAAGGGAUGACUCGACUCGCUAAUGUGAGAUGGGACGGGUUGAAAAGCAAAGCUUAUUUAGAGGGUGCAAGAACUAAUGGAGUGGUCAAUUGCUUGUGUUAAGAAACUUUUCGAAAGUUGAAAGCGCACACGUUCUCGAAAGCGGAGUCUUGUAAAAACGGAGUUCCAGUGUUUGAACCUCGUCCCCAGGGAAGAGCCCUGGGGACGAGGUUGCGAGAGUUUACGUCAUAA